AUGGGCCAGCGUUCCGGCGAUUCCCAACGCUCUCGUCACUCCGGAAUUGACGCCCUCGCAGCCGGACUGCGGCCACCCGAGAGUCAAAAACUCUUUCCAUGCAUUAUCCUAUCCUUCUGUGCAGAAUACACUAUUCCUAACACUCUGGCCUUGCCAGCGUCUUCUCCAUUCUCGCCUGAGGGACCAUGGUCUGAAGAACGCAGUCGCUAG